UCACAAAAACUCCGCUUGAUCCAAACACAACAACAUUUGAACAAAAUCCACCUGAAACAGUUUCAACAAAUUCUGAGAAAAUAAAGUCUCAUUCAGGAGCAGAAUCGACAACUUUUUCAUCACAAGUUGAUGUAUCAUUAUCUGGGACAAAAAAUCAUGAAGCAGAUGAUAAAGUCAGUCUAACAUUACUUCUAGUUUCGGGGAAAAGACACACUUUUUCGUUUGACCCUAAUGAUACAAUAUUAACAGUUAAACAAAAAGUCUUUAGUAAUUGGCCAAAAGAAUGGGCAGAUGAAACACCAAGUUCUAUUUCAAGUUUAAAGAUUGUAUAUAGAGGACGAUUCUUGGAAGAUACAAGUACUCUUGAAUCUAACAAGAUUCUUCGUGGUCAACCAACAAUUGCACAUUUAACAUUCAAGAAUAUUUUAGCUUCUGAUCUUGAAGGUUUGUUGUUUUGA